UUCAAACGAAUCAACAGUUCAUGUUCGAAUCCUGAGUUGGCGGCAAGUGUUUGUUUUUGUAUUUUCGCCGCUCCGAAUUUCGCGAUACGAAGGUUAGAUAUUGAUUCUUGUAAUCGAAAUGUUCCAAUAAAUGAAUGACUCGAUCUUGACCCUGUUACCCGGAUUGGACCCACAUGUGUUUUGAAUUUGAAAAAGCAGCUUUUGUAGGAAUUUGUCACAAUCAGAUUCGCUGACUGAUGUUUCUACGUCGAUCUAUGAUCAACGAUGGCUGUGAGUGGAUAUACUUGUAUAAGGGUAUCUUUCUGUUGGGUUAAUGUAUUGUUCUGGAUUACAGGAUGCGGUCUACUAGGAGUAGGGAUUUGGUUGAGGAUAGCUUACGAAGGAUAUGCGAGUCUUCUGCCUCAAUAUGCUCUACUCAGUGCUGAUUCCUUGGCCAUCACCUUCGGAACCAUCACAUUCAUCUUCUCUUUCUUUGCCUGCUGUGGAUCCUGGUUCCAAAACAGAUGUAUGCUAAUUACGUAUUUUUGUCUGGUAGUAUUCAUAUUCCUGGUGGAGUUCGUUUUUGGAUCCGUGGCCUUCAUCUUCAGGGAGAGCUUGAAACACACACUCAGCGAAGAAUUGCAAAAUGGUAUUUACCACCACUAUAACGUCUCAUUGCAUGGACCAAACAGUUUAGUACAGAUAUGGGAUAACAUUCAGACACAGUUUGGUUGCUGUGGUGUCAAAAGCUACGAGGACUGGUACAUGAUAGAAGCAUGGCCAAGCGAGAAAUGGGUUCCAGAUUCCUGCUGUCUUCCUGCGAGCUACGAUGUAGAUUGCGGCAAAAUCAGGGACGUGGACAUCUAUACGCAAGGCUGUUACGCCCAAAUUAAUAACUUUUUUGUCAGAAGACUGGAUAUUAUUGGAUUUGUUGGGAUUGUUAUAGCCUUUUUCCAACUUUAUGGACUUAUUUCCUCGAUGAUCCUCUUCUGCACAGUGAAGCACAAAAGGUAUUCCAGGACUUACAAAUCAUACUCCUAGCGGUAUUAGUAAAAUUUAGUUUUCCCAGUGAUAUAUUAAGGUUGAUUAUCGUGUAUAUUUAUAGUUGUUAGAUGGAUUGUCAUACUAAAGUGUUCCUUAAACGGGUCUAGGACGUUUCAUCGCCACCGUUUCGAUGCCGCCAGUUCGAUGUCGAUGCCGGCCGAUUCAUCGCCAGUCAAUUAAUCGCUAUCUAAUAUAUUUCCGAAUUUUCGACAGUUACAAUUAUUAUUUAUUUUUAGUAUUAAUUAGGAAUUCUAGGAAAUGCGAGAUAUGACGGGGAUGAAAUGGACUGGCGAUGAACCGGCGGCAUCGAAACGGCGGCGAUGAACCGGCGGCGAUGAAACGUCCCAUUCCGUCCUUAAACAAUUGAAAUUGAAAUUGUGGCAAAGGGGUGAUACCUCGUAUCAAAAAUUAGCAUUGUCACACAAGAAAUUUACUACAAACUUAAAAAAGUAGACUGUUUUAAAUAUAAAAACAUUUUUUUUCCGUCAAUUUUCGUGUUAUUCAAUCAAACACUGUAUUUCAGAAAAUGGUUUGCAUACAAACUAUCAUUCCUCACUAUAUUAUACUUUUUGCACUAUGAAAUGAAAGUAUGCUUUUAUGAUAAAAAUUCCACUACUACUAAAGCUACUUGUAGAAGAAAGCUAAAGAUAAAGAAAG